AAAACAAGUCAAAUAAGAUGAGAAAUUUCUACAUUCCUUCUAUAAAUUAGUAACAUUUAUGUUCUAUGAAUCAUCGUAACUGGCAAACGUUAUAGCAAUGGGUGUGUCUGAAAUUGGGCGUAGAUGAAUAAACAACACUGACGAAUAAUUCUAUAAAGCCAUGAUAACUAUGAAUUCUGUCAUCUUAGUAUUCUUAAGAUAUAGUCAAAUAGUCAAACUAACAGUGGAAGUGGAAAUAGAAGUAUUGGAUUAAUAUGUAUUUUAUGUUAACUUUCAAAUUGAAAUCGUUCAGUCGUACAUAUCCACAAUCAACUGCCGGUCAACCUGUCCAACUGGAAUUCGAUGUAGAUUCAGGUGUGUUUUAUUAUGCUUUUAUACCAACACAGAAGAAUUGUACAAAUGUGAACUCAGCAUUGUUAGUUGCAGAAAUUUUUGCUCCAAUGUCGAUUCAUUAUCCACAUGGAAUGAGGACUCGUUUCAUCCCAGAACAAUUAUCUUAUAAAGUGUAUGAAAAUAAUACUAAUUUAAUAUUUGUUUAUAUGCCAUGUACUUUGAUGAAGACGAAUAUUGAACUUAUAGAAAUAACGAUCAUACCAAAACAAAAUUAAGAUAAUCAUUCAAACAGUAAUAAUUUUAUUUGUUUACUAGUUUAUUCGAAAUCUGUAUCCAUUUUGUUGAUUGUUAAUUCGUUGUUAUUUUUGCAUCUUUUAACUUAUUUUGGAUAAACUAAAGAAAGUCAACUUGAUGGAAUGUUUGAAACUUACUUUCAUUUUGCG